AUGAGCGGGGGGCUUGAGAUUCUCUAUCCUGGUGAGUCUUGGCCCCCAGCUGAGCCGCGGCAUUGGGCACACGGAACCCGACAAUAUGAUGAGAUUAUGGGUACUCGUAUUGGACGGACUGUUGGGUAUUUUGUUCUUGCGGGUUAUAAUAGAGGGACGACUCGUAUUACUGGUAUCCUUGCCUAUAGCUUUAGCAAUGCCGGCUCCUUGAUGCUUCGCUUCGAUAUUGGGCGUAGACGUUGA